UGGAGCAGGAGGAAAAGCAGGAGGAGGAACAGGAAGUAAAGCAAGAGGAGAAACAGGAAGAGAAUCAGGAGGAGAGGCAGAAGGAGGAGCCGGAGGAGAGGCAGGAGGAGGAGCCGGAGGAGAGGCAGGAGGAGGAGCCGGAGGAGGAGGAGAAUCAGGAGAAACAACUCGAGGAGGAACAGGAACAGGCUGAGCAUCAGAGAGAGGAACUUAUAGAAGAGGAAACAGAUCAAGAGAAGGAGCUGGAGGAACAUCUGGGAAAUAAACCAGAGGAUGAUCAGAAGCCACUUGAACGAGAAGUGGAGGAUAUCUCAAAGAUAUGUAAGGAGGAGGAGAAGCAAGCGGAAGAAAUGUAUGAUGGACUAGAGAAUUUGAAAGAUCAAAAUUCAGAGGAAGAUCAGGUAUUGAAAGAUUUAAAGGAAGAGAACUGUCAACAGGGAAGUAUUGAUGCGGAACCCAUUAGAAAAUAUCCAGGUGGGGAAGAAGAACUGGAGGAACAACCCAAAGAAAUAGGAGAGUUAGAUAAAAAUCCCCCAGAACCAGAGAAAGUGCCUGGAGAUCUGCCAUUAGAGAAAGAAGAUAAGGUGGAAGAAAAUAUGAUGGAGGAGGUACUAAAUCUGGAAGAUCAGUCAAUCCAAGAUGUUCUGGAGAGUGAUGGUGGGUGUUUAAAAAAGAUUGAAAAUGUUCUAGAAAAUCCGGAGAACAAAGAACAGUUAAAUAAGAGUCUUGAAGAUCUAGCGGAGGAAGAAUUACAAAGGGCGCAAGCUGCAGAUAAAGAUUUGACAGGAGAAUGCUCUCAGGACUCACUACCGGACCCAAUUGGGGGUCACACCCAAAAUGAGUUACGGGAGGAGCAGAAUAGGGAGAAUCUGGACAGGAUUGAGCACCAACUAGAAAAUACACCUGAAAAGAAUGAAGCAGAUGUUACUACCCCAGAAGAGGACCUUCCCAAUGAGCAGGUUACCCAGUUCCUGCGGCACCUGGUCACCCAACUGUGGCCUGAACUCAGAGCCAAUCCUGAGCUCCGUUUGAAUAGAGCCAGUGCCAAGGGUGACAACUAUUUGGGCGUGGUGUGGCGCCUCCAGGUGGCCUCUGAAUCAAAACGCAGUCUGGUGGUGAAGCUUCCGCCGCAGAACCGCGUGCGUCGCAAGCAAUUCUUCGCACGUCCGUGUUUCCUGCGGGAAACGGCAGCCUACGAGGUCUUCCUGCCGCUGGCUGAGAUGAUCCAGAAGAAGUGGAAGAUCCCCGGGGAGGAUAGCUUUCGACAGCACGCCCGCUGUCUUGGCACACGGCAGGACGAGCCCAACGAGUGCAUCGUGCUGGAGGAUCUUUCUUGCGCCGGGUUUUCCCUCCACGAUCGCUUUUCGGACCUGUCCGUCGAACAUGUGCGUCAGGUAAUCCGAUCCUAUGCCAAAUUACACGCAAUUUCUCUGGCUGGAAAGCGUCAGUUUCCUGAAAGGAUGCUAAAACUCCAGCAGCUGGUGGACAUCUUUGAGCAGCGACGUGAGGAUCAUGCUUUGGGUGUCUACUUCGAGAACCUAAAGGGAAGCGCACUUUCUUCGCUACUUUCGCCCGAGGAUGAUUCCUACAGAGUUCGACUGCAGGAUUACUUCGCCAGGGGAUCAUACUUUGAGCUGCUGCUUCCUUUGGUCAGCGGAUCCAAUUGCGAACCCUUCGCUGUCAUCUGUCAUGGCGAUUGCUGGAACAACAACAUCCUAUACAAGCGAGCCGAACGGGGAGAGCUGGAGGAUGUGCGUCUGAUCGACUGGCAACUGAUGCGAUAUGCCUCCCCGGUCACCGAUUUAUCCUAUUUCCUCUUCACCUGCACCUCGAGAGGAUUUAGGCAGCGGUACUUCAAAGAUAUGCUAGAGGACUACUAUGAGGAGUUAGGGCAGCAUCUUAACAGAUUGAACGAGCAGUCCGAGCAACUUUUGCCCCGCCCUGCCUUCGAUGAGCAGGUGGCCACCAAAGCGGCAGUGGGCCUGCUUCUCGCCAUGAUGGUCCUACCCAUCGUGACGAUGCAAGGCCAGGAUGUGCCCGACCUCCAAGCAAUCAGCGAGCGAAUAGAGGCUGGAGCCACCACGGAUCUCCAGGGCGCCGGAUUCCUGGGCGCCGGGAAUGAGGCGACUUUUAAAAGGCGAAUGCGAGAGGUGAUCCUCGACUGUGUGGACUUUAACUACAUCUAGGCAAGUUGGAGUUGGCAUAAAAGCUCACCAUGGGCUUCAGGCUUCUUCUUAUGCUGUCGAAGCGCACAGUGCACAACGUCUCGUCAAGAUUACACAUGCGGGGAUUGGAGUAGGACGAGGAAGGAGAGAUACGUCUGUGCAGUCAGCGAUUCUGAAAAGGAUCAGGAGAGGAGGGUAUCCUAAUAAUGAGUUACAAUAAGCAACAAUAAAUGCUAUAAUCCAGAAGUUCA